UCCCCCAUCCUCCUCCCGUCCGCUACUGCGGUCGGCAGGGUGUCAUUACCGCUUCCUCACCGGCCGCCCGUCUGUCUCCAACACGGUCCAGCGGGGCCCACAGCGGCCCGCCCUGGGACCCAGCCGGCGACCCCGUCUCCCGGUGUAUGUAAAGUGGUGGAGUGACGCCCCGUACCGUCGUCUUUACGGACGUGGCCGACGCUCCGCAGCUGGUGUUAAAAAAUGGUGCCGGCGACUCAAAGGGGUCACUGCCGUGCGGGACUUGCUGCUGUCAGGCUGCUCCAAGACACACAAUCUUCAAUUACAGUUUCUCCUCUCUAUUCCGUGGAAUCGAGAAGCGGAAGCCAGGCCACCACCAGCCGCACCAGCCCAUCACCAACUGCACCAUCAGCAGGCACUAGCUACAGCACCACCAGCCGCUGACGUCCGCUGGUCCCAGCGCCCCUACCAGCGCCGCCGCCAUGCUGGGUCGCCUGCUGGUGCCGGUGGCGCUGCUGACCUUGACCUGGGGUCACGCGGGUCCCAGCAGCUACUGCCGUGAUAACCAGGGCUAUUUCUACCACUGCGACGACUCCAGCUGGGGAUCAGGCAACUCCUGGCGUCGCUGGUAUGGCGAGGGCGGCUACAGUGACCUAUCCCGCAGCCUGGGCCGGGGUCAGGUCACGUUCGCCCCCUCGGGCGGUGUGCAGCUGACCUGUGACUUCUCUCAGACGGGCCGCUCCGACUGGGACGGGAUGGUGACGGACAUUGUCUGGCGGAAGGUGGACAGAACCUUCCGCAGGACCACGGGCGGCAGGUCCUUCUUCACCGACAGCCGCUACAACGGCGGCGGGUUCUCCGACCGCGCCUCGUUCGUCAACAUCGGCAGUGUCGACGCCGGCGUCGGCGACCGCUUCGACGGACGCUACGGCAGCUUCGGCGGCUACAACGGCGGCAGGUACAGUGUCUUCAACAGGCCGGGGUACUACGGAUACAACACUGGCAGCGGUGGCUACUACGAUAACAACUAUAGCGGGCCCUAUCGCGACAGAGGAGACGGGUUCUACGAUGGUUUCGGCUCCUCCAGCAUGGGAAGUUUCAGCGGGGGGUAUGUGCGAGACGACUACCUCGGUCCCGCCAACACCGGCUUCGGUGGCCGGCCCGGUUAUGAUUCCGGUUACUUCAACUCUGGGUUUGGUUCGGGCUGCUCCGGCGGCGGCGGCGGCGGCGACAGCGGCUGCGGCUGCGGCGGGCGGCCCUGGUACCGCUGUCUCGAUAGUCGGGUUCGGCGCAGGAGGCGACACGUCUCCACCGGGGGUCGGGCCAUGUCCUGCUGGGUCACCCAGGGUCCCGGCUGGUCCACGUUAACCCUGACCCGGCCCGGCCCGGAGGACGAGGGGCUCUACAUGUGUGUGGGCCGCAGCGGGGGCUCCCGAGCUGUAUCGAUGGAGGUGGAGCUGUCCAGGUAUGUCGCCGGUGGCCGCUAUCGCAGCGCACUGCUGAAAACGGAGCCCGACAGAGUGGUGGAGGAAGGGGCAGAGGGGAGAGAGGAGGGAGAGGCGGAGGCGGCGGCGAAUGAGGUGGAGAAGUGAGGAUAGGUCUCAGGGAGGUCGGAGGUUUUUGGGAGUGUUGUUGGUGAUGGGUUGUUCUAGUGAGCUCAGAGUUUCGCUAAGCUCGCUGUUAUCUGCUGAGGCAGUGACUCAAAUCAAACAUGUUUUGUUGGUGAUUUUAUUGUUGCUGUUAUGAAGAGUUAACACGUACACACAUAUAUGUUGUAUAACAGUUGUGACAAUCACGUGACAUGCUUGGAAUACAAGUAAAUGCCCUGAUCUGCGUGA